GCAGGUUUGUGAUGUUAUUACCGGGCAGAGACAGACCGAGACUCCGAGACGAUGACGGCCGCCAGCAAGAAGAAGCCCAAAGAGUCUCAGCAGGAUGAGGAGUAUGUGGACGUCAGCCCUCCGCAGAGGAACUGGAAGGGCAUUGCAAUCUCUUUGCUGGUGAUCGUGGUGGUCUGCUCGCUCAUCACCAUGUCUGUGGUCGUCCUCACACCCGUUGAACUUCCCGGCAGCAGCAAGUCCAGGCUGACUGUGGCAGAUCUUUACAAACCAGAGUUCAGCAUUCACGACCCCGAGGCCAAGUGGAUUAGCGAAAGAGAAGGAAAGGUUUCUUUCAAGGUGGCAAAGUACUCCCUGUCUGCAGAUCUAAAGUAUGCACUCUUUGCCUAUGACGUCAAACGGAUGUACAGAUAUUCAUACACCGCAUCUUAUAUCUUGUACAACAUCUACACGAGGGAGGUAAGGGAGCUGAAUCCUCCCGAGGUCCACAAUGCUGUGCUCCAGCACGCAGCCUGGGGACGACAAGGACAGCAGCUGAUCUACAUCUUUGAGAAUAACAUCUACUACCAGUCAGACGUGAGGAGCAACUCUCUGAGAAUCACCUCCUCUGGGAUGGAGGGAGUCAUUUUCAACGGGCUCACUGACUGGCUAUACGAAGAGGAGAUUCUACAUUCAUAUUUGGCUCACUGGUGGUCUCCUGAUGGAGAACGACUGGCCUACCUCACCAUCAACGACACACUGGUACCCAACAUGGUUCUUCCCCAGUUCACCGGCAGCACGUACCCCCGAGGCCUACAGUACCCAUAUCCAAUGGCCGGUCACGUCAAUCCUACAGUCAAGCUGUCGGUGGUCAGCCUGGUUGGUGCGACGCACACUCAGGAGAUGCAGCCUCCCGAUCAGCUCGCGCUCAGGGAUUUCUAUAUCACCAUGGUGAAGUGGAUCAGUAAUACUCACCUCGUCGUGCAGUGGCUCAAUCGGCCCCAGAACGCUUCUCUGCUUACUGUGUGUGACGCAACAAUAGGAGUCUGUCUUCAGAGACAUGAGGAGUCUUCAGAGACGUGGCUUUCCAGACAGGGACAGGAUCCACUGUUCUCCAAGGACAGGAGCCGGUUUUUCCUCACGCUGCCUGUGAAGCAGGGAGGUCACGGAGACUUCCACCACAUCACGAUGUUCACCAAGAAGCUGCGAAGCGACCAGGACGAAGUACGCAACUUGACGUCGGGAAACUGGGAGGUGACAAAAAUUGUGGCGUACGACGAAAACAACCAGACUGUAUACUUCCUGAGCACAAAGGACGCUGCAGAACACAGACACCUAUACAGUGUGUCGACUCUCAGCUCGUUUCCACGGCGAUGCCUCACCUGUGGACUGCGAGAGGGAUGCACCUUCUUCGAUGCCAACGUCAGCCCAGACGCACAGCACGCCAUCGUGCACUGUCAAGGUCCCGGAGUUCCAGCUGUGCUGCUCGUCAGUCUCGCCGACGUGGACUCGUAUUUCGUCUUGGAGAACAACCUCCCCCUGCGCUCGGCGCUGGAGACUAAAAGGAUGAUUCGGACGGAGAUCACUAACACAACCUUUGGGCUGCCUCUGAAGCUCAUCUAUCCUCCUGACUUCUCUGACUCCUACAUCUACGGCCUUCUUCUUAUUGUCGACAGCUCUCCAGGCACCCAGACGGUGACGGAGGAGUUCAGGCUGGAGUGGGACUCGGUGCUGGCAGGAUUGGCGCAGGUCAUCGUGGCGCGGAUUGAUGGCAGGGGGUCAGGGUUCAGAGGUCAAAGUUUUUCACAGCAGAGGCUCGGCAUAGCGGACGUGGAGGACUACAUAGCAGCUCUGAAUUUCCUGGCGGAGCGGCCGUUCAUCGAUCGCACUCGUGUUGGAGUCUUCGGCGAGGGCUACGGUGGCUACCUUGCGCUGAUGAUGCUGAAGUCGACAGAGAAGCUGAUCAGCUGCGCAGCUGUUUGCGCUCCCGUCACCGACUGGAGCAUGUACGCCUCAGCCUUCUCAGAGAGAUACUUCGGCUCACCUUCAACUGACGAGAGCAGAUACCAAGCUUCCAAAGUGCUGUCCGGCAUGAAAAAUCUGGGAGGAACUCUAUUCCUGGUCCACGGCACUGCUGACGCCAAUGUUCACUUCCAGCACUCGGCCGAGCUCAUCAAGCACUUAAUAAAGAUAGGAGCCAACUACACUAUGCAGAUCUUCCCAGAUGAAGGCCACUUCCUAUCAAGACGCAGCCAGAUUCAGCUGACUCACUCCCUAAUUGGAUAUUUCAGAGGAUGUCUCCUCGAUGCGUCAUUGUUACUCAACCAACGGGAUGACGAGUGAGAGGGAACGGGCUCGCUACUGUUUCUGAGCGUGUGUGUGUGUUUUAUACCUGUAGCACAAUGUUUGACAGACAGGAAAAGCUUCUUAUUGACAUAUCAGAAUAGUCUGUGUCACCUCAGUAGAAAUAAGUUUUCACCUGCUGUCAGAGGUUGUCAGUGACUGUCCCUAGAUUUAUCACCUCUUUCCUUUUUUGUCCUGGUGGCACAAACAAGCCUGUGAAAGAAGCAUUUAGAACUGUUCAAGCUUCAAACUGUGAGAAAACUGUGAGAUCUUGUUGGAGUUGUUAAUCGGAGUUCAAAUAUAAUUGAGAAAUUGCAUUUUUUUAACCUUUAAGGUUUAGAUUAGUUUAAAAUCUGUGAAUCCUUGUUGCCUAGAGUUUAACGGCUGAUUCAGAAACCUGUUGUUCAAGGUGUGAUUGAGACGUUCCUCCGUCAAAACAACUUAAAACGGUCCAUGUAUUCAAAUAUCACCAACCAGCACAAAAACCAACUCCUUUUUCCAGUUUAUUCCUGAUCAUUAGUAGAGGAGGAGCUGUUUGAGGCAGUGUCCCAGUGAGGCAGAUGUGUUAAAAUACAGCUAAUGCUACAGUCACACCAGGGAAAACAACAGCAACAAGUGGACGUCCAAUCUUGUUGCCUUUUAAAUUAUUGCUUCGACUUCGGUGCGUCGAGGCAGUGAUGAAACUUACGGUUUAACCCUCUCAGGCUCAAAUUUAGUUUUUGUUGCUAAUGCACAAAAGAAU